AUGGCACGUCAGAGACCUGCGGGCUUCGACUAUGCGUCCCCAGAAAAUCCUGGGAACGGCAUGCUCGACGGAGACCGCACAUACAACCGCAAGUCCGUCGAGAAGGGCCACCGCCACAGUCUUGCCAAUGGCGCCGAGGCAGCAAAUGCCGACGAGCUUCUCAAUGUUUUGGGAUACCAAUCUGAGCUCGUUCGCUCGCGAUCGACAUUCCAGGUCGCCUUCAUGUCUUUCGUCCUAGCUUCGGUACCUUAUGGUCUUGCCACAACUUUGCUCUACCCGAUUGCUGGUGGUGGUCCGGUGGCAGUGAUCUGGGGCUGGUGCGGUGUGUGUCUGAUCAUCGCGUGCCUCGCUAUCUCACUGGGAGAGAUCACCUCUGUGUACCCGACGUCUGGUGGUGUAUACUAUCAGACUUUCAUGUUGUCACCACCCAGAUUUCGUAGAAUCACGGCCUGGAUUUGUGGCUGGGCUUACGCUCUCGGUAACAUCAUCAUCACACUGUCAGUCAACUUCGGCACAACACUUUUCUUCAUCGGGUGUGUCAACAUCUUCCAGGACGACGAGGGCGUCGGCGUUUGGGCGCCUGACACCUAUCAGUACUAUCUGGUCUUCUUGGCUAUCACGCUUGUGUGCAACCUGAUAUGCUCUCUCGGCAAUCGCAUCCUCCCUAUGCUAGACACUAUUACCAUCUACUUUACCUUUGCUGGUGUCUUUGCGAUCCUGAUCUGUGUCCUUGCGAUCGCAAAGAAUGGUCGCAACAGUGCAGGAUUCGCGUUCGGCAACUUCACCGCCAGCACCGGAUGGGUUGACGGAUGGUCGUUCUUGAUCGGACUGCUUCACGCCGCAUACGCAACUUCUGCCACUGGAAUGAUCUUGUCCAUGUGUGAGGAAACCAGGGAUCCAGCUACGCAGGUGCCCAAGGCUAUGGUUGGAGCUCUCGCUUUGAACUGGCUCUGCGGUAUCAUCUUUCUGGUACCGCUCAUGUUUGUCAUUCCUGCGCUUGCGGACGUCAUUGCCGACCCUUACUAUCAGCCGCUGCCGUUCAUCCUGCGCUCAGCGAUUGGCAAUGAGGGCGGAGCAUUCGCCUUGUGCGUCCCGAUCCUGAUACUGGCCAUACUUUGUGGGACCGCCUGCACGGUCGCAUCGUCGCGUUGCAUCUGGGCCUUCUCUCGCGAUGGCGCGAUUCCCGGGUCUAAGUUGUGGAGCAAGGUCAAUACCAAGCUCGACAUGCCGUUGAACGCUAUGCUCUUCUGCACCAUCAUUGAGGUGUUACUGGGACUGAUCUACUUCGGCUCGACUGCUGCGUUCAACGCCUUCUCCGGGUCCGGUGUCAUCUUCCUGACGAUCGCAUACGUUAUACCUAUCGCUGUCAAUCUCUUCACUGGACGCAAACAUCUAAAGGGAGCGCCUUGGAACUUUGGCGUUUUCGGUCUCAUCUGCAAUGUGAUCUCUGUCGCAUGGUCACUCUUGGUAACACCACUAUUCUCGUUCCCCUUCUUCAGCCCGGUCACGGCCGAGACAAUGAACUACGCGUCUGCUGUGUUCGUUGGUGGCACAGCUGCCAGCAUCAUCUGGUACUUCGCAUGGGGCAGGAAGAACUACCGCGGCCCACCAGUUGAGGACGAGGAGGUUGAGCGGAGAAGGAGCAGUCUCGUUGAGCGCCCUUUACCGCGCUCUUCACACACGGUCCUGCUCGUCGCUCGAGCAAUCACAAGCGAUGGCGAAGCCAGACAGGUCAAAUUCGACCACAACCGCAGCAAUGGCACAAGCAAUCGGCGCCAGAGCUCCUCUACAGAUGCCUCGUCCGAGCCGUCCAGCCCGAAGAAAGACGUGCGCAAUGGAGUGAUACAGGAAGGAAAGCCAGAGCCCUCAGAAUAUGAGAAAAAGAAGCAGUCCUUCAUUACGAGGACAAUAUGGACGCUGGUCAUGAUCGGAGGCUUCUUCGGCCUGCUAGCCGCCGGCCAUAUAUGGAUUCUGGGCAUCAUCACCGUGGUUGUCAUCAUCUCAUUCAAAGAGGUCAUUGCUAUUGCGCAAGUGCCCUCGCGGCAGGCUAAUCUGCCGUUGACGAGAUCACUGAACUGGUACUUCUUCGCCGUGGCCAUGUACUACCUCUACGGCGAGAGUGUCCUCUACUACUUCAAGCACGUCUUGCUGGUCGAGAAGGUGCUGCAGCCCUUUGCGACACACCAUCGCUUCAUCAGCUUCAGUCUGUACAUUGUUGGCUUUGUCUUCUUCGUCUACUCUCUCCAGAAGGGCUCCUACAGAUUCCAAUUCCGCCAAUUUGCAUGGACGCACAUGGCACUCUUCCUCAUCGUCUUCCAAGCCCACUUCAUGAUGAACAACGUCUUCGAAGGCCUCAUCUGGUUCUUCAUACCUGUCUCGCUGGUCAUCACGAACGACAUUUUCGCUUAUAUCUGCGGCAUCACGUUUGGCCGGACGCCGCUGAUCCAGCUGUCUCCCAAAAAGACCGUCGAGGGCUUUGUCGGAGCCUGGGCUUGUACUGUCAUCAUCGGCUACGCCAUGACGAAUUUCUUGAUCCAAUUCCCCUACUUCAUCUGCCCCGUCCAAGACCUUGGCGCCAAUAUGUUCAGUGGUCUGACCUGCAAGCCGAACCCAGUGUUUAUUGCACGACCAUACGAGGUGCAGUUGCCCUGGCAAACCGAAAGCUACUACACCUUCUGGAUGGAGCCAAUUCAGUUCCAUAUCUUUGUCCUCGCAACAUUUGCGUCCCUGAUCGCUCCUUUUGGCGGCUUCUUUGCAUCAGGCCUGAAGCGUUCAUUCCACAUCAAGGACUUUGGCGAUAGCAUCCCGGGCCAUGGCGGCAUGACCGAUCGAAUGGAUUGUCAGUUUAUCAUGGGCACGCUGGCCUACAUGUACUACCAGAGUUUCAUUGCGGUCUACCAUACCACUCCGGGCCAGCUGAUUGAAUCUGCUAUGUGGGGUCUCACUCCUGAGGAGCAGAUGGAAGUGAUUCGGGGUCUAGGAAAACAUCUGUACAAUCAGGGAGUAGUUGGCGAAAAGGUUCUCUCAUGCCUCGUCAGCAGCACGAAGAGAUGA